UUUUUCUCUUUUUGCACCGGAAGGAUAGAAAGUAGCGAAACGCGACAUCUGUAAACAUAGAUCGACUAACCUCUUACUCGUGAUCGUUCCGCGGAUAGAUACAAACACGAGGCCGUUCAGGAUAAACGAGUACCACGUCGGUAACGUUGUCACGCUCUUGUUUUCCGAAAGCAGACAGUACUCGAGGGUGAAGGAGGAGGCGGAAUCCCAGGAGAGCCCGGGAUGACGAUCAAACCGUCGUCCAUGGUGACCGACUAUCUGGUCUUCGUCGGUUGCAUCGUUGCCUCGUUCGUGAUACCGUUAUGGGGGAAAUUUCGUGGCAGGCGGAAGGAGACGACCAAGGCCGAUUACGUGUUCGCAACGGGCACCGUAUCUAUGGGCGCUAUGAUGCUGUCAAUCGCGCGUGGCACGCUUGGCGUCAGAUCCUUUCUAGGUUAUCCGUCGGAGCUGUACUAUAGAGGGAGCGCCAUGUGGGAGACCAUCUACGGUAUGAUGCUCGCGUAUCCCAUCGUGUGCUUCAUCUUCGUCCCGGUUUACUACAGCCUCGGGAUCACGUCCGUCUAUCAGUAUCUAGAUAUGAGGUUCAAGUCGAAGCUAGUCAGAUGCCUCGCAAGCUUCUCCUACGUGAUACGAAGCCUGCUGAACUUGGCCGUCACGAUAUUCACGCCUUGCGUAGCUCUUAAGGCUGUGAUUGGCUUGCCUUACUGGACCAGUAUAAUCGGUAUUACAUCUAUAUCUGUCGUCUUUUCAAUUAUGGGAGGACUGAAAGCGGCCAUCCUCUCAGACGUUAUACAAGGUUUGACCAUGAUCGGUGUGUCGCUGGUGAUAAUCGUGAGAGGCUCAGCCGAUAUAGGCCCCAGUCAAAUUUUAAACGUGACGUACGAGCGUGGCCGAUUGGAUUUCUUCGACAUGAAUUUCGAUCCCACACUUCGAGUGACGACUCUGUCGGCAACUCUGGGUCAAUUAUUCAUGAGCCUGUCCAUCUUCGGUUGUCAGCAGAACUUCGUGCAGAGAUAUUGUAGCAUGACUAGCGAGAGGAAAGUGAUCAAAACUAUGUUGGCCAACAUCCCUAUAAUCUUCGUGCUGUACUCCCUCUCCUGGGUGGUUGGAAUGGUGAUCUUCGCCAACUACGCGGACUGCGACCCCCUGUCGCUUGGAUACAUCUCCAAAUUCGACGAGAUCGUCCCAUUCUACGUGGAAGAUAAAUUCCUCAACUUUCCAGGCUUGUUGGGCCUAGUAAUGGCCACCUUGUUCAACAGCGCCCUCACCUUGGCGGUGUCUAAUCUGAACUCACUCGCCACGGUCACGUUCGAGGACUUCUUCGGUCAAAUACCUUCGAUGAAAAACUUGAAAGAUAAGCAACAGCUGCACCUGAUCAAGCUGAUCAGCGUUAUCUACGGUAUACUGAUAAUAGGAGUGAGCUUCCUCGUCGCGAUGCUAUCAGGAGUGAUCGAGUCGUCCAUGCUGAUGACGUCUGCCACCUCCGGCCCCCUGCUCGGCGUUUUUCUACUUGCCAUGCUUGUUCCUUGCGCCAACUGGAAGGGUGCCGCGGCCGGGAUGAUCUUCAGCCACGUAACCACUUUAUGGAUCACAUUUGGCCACCUGACGGUCAGCAACAACGUGGAAACGUUACCCCUGUCGACCGAGAACUGUCAGAACGACACGUUCUCCCCUUGGAUCACGAAGCCAGCCAGCAUGCCCUAUCUCACGGCCAACAUCACGGCCAGUAAUUCGUACGAAAAUGGACCGUUGCUUACGAACGGAACCGAGGAAAUGGCAGAUAUAGGUCCGAUCGAGUUCUUGUACAGCAUCACGUAUAUGUAUUACGCGUUCAUAGGAAGCAUGUCGACUGUGAUCGUCGGUGUUAUCGUGAGCUUGGUGACAGCCGACCCGAAAGGAGACAUGUACGAGGAGCAUCUACUCCACCCUCUCGCGGUGAAGAUCUCAAGAUUCUUCCCAGGCAGGCGGAGAUUAUACGCGAGCAGCACGCGGUUGCAGAACGAACAGAACGGGGCGAAUGCGACUUCCUCGUCCUCGGUGACCUCGAUCGCGAAUGGCGCGGAAAAGACUGCUACUCUCCAGGGGGUCGUCGAUGAUAGCGGGAAGCUUCGUAUCGACGUCGGUUACAUAGAGAAGCUGAACGCCCUUAAGAACGUCUCGCUCGACGUGACCAACGAGGUCAACAAAGGGACCAGGCUUUGAGGAGUCUGACACAUUCUUCGUUCCGAGUAGAGA